CACUUUUUCAUUUUUGGCAAGAUUUUUUUCUUUAAUUUCCAAUCAAACAUUUAUCAAGAUCUUUCAUUAUUUUCUCACUUCCCUUCUCUCUGCUUUUUCUGAUGGUUUCCUCUUUUCGUGAUGUAUAUUGAUGGGUACCGCCUGAUUUGUUGAGGCACAUUCUUGCUUAUAAAUCAAUGUAUCUAUUCAAUGAGAAAAGGGUUGCAAGUUUUUAGCUAAUGUCUGGAAAUAGUUAACUCCAAUGCUUGGUUUCUCUGUUGUCCGGAAGUUGCACGACUAUAUGUCUCUUCAGCUCUUCUGGGUUAGAUUUAUAGCUCAGUUAGCUGAUGGUGAGGACAUCAUUUGAUCAAAGAAAGCUUCUAGAUAAGGCAAUUAAUGACCCACAUCAUGGAUGAUAACAGUGAUCCAUUUCCCCAGCUGGGGAGCGUGUAUAGAAAAUUUUCUGGUGGUCACCGUGUUAAGUCGUUGAGUAAAAAUGUCUCAAAUAUCAAUGCAAAAUCUUCACUUGAUGAUGGAAAGAUUAGUGCAGAGGGCCGUUGUCCUCAGAUUUAUACUGGUGCAUGGGGACGUCCAAAUUUGAUGCAUAAACUUGGGAUGCAAAGCAAUAGCAAUGGCAAUGCCAGGACAAAUCAAAUUCCUUUUUUUCAGAAUUUCUCGAUCUCUGGAAGUGAAUUAUCUUCUCAGCAGAACAGCUACAUUGAGCAGGGACAGAGUGGGAUUGAUUCUCAAGUUGGUUCUCCUCAGUUAAAUGGCGGGGAUGAGAUGAAGAAGGAUGAACACUGCAACUGCCAACUUGGUGGUGUUAGUGAUGAUAAGAACGGAAUUGUUGAUAACAACAAUGAUGAUGACGAUGAUGAGAUAUUUGACAGUAGUGAUGAUGAAUUCUUUGAUGAUGAUUUUGAUUCGUGUACGAGUGAAAGGAGCCAUGAGAUGCGCAAGAAGAACAAUUGGUUCAAGGGAUUCUUUGAAGACUUGGAAAAACUAACUGUUGAGGAGAUGAAUUCACCAGGAAGAAAGUGGCAUUGCCCUGCUUGCAAAGGGGGUCCUGGUGCUAUUGACUGGUAUCGUGGCCUGGAGCCUUUGAUGUAUCAUGCCAUGACAAGAAAGACAAGAAGGGCAAAGCUCCAUCGUGUACUUGCUGAAACUUUGGAUGAAGAGACACGAAGGAGGGGAAUUUCAUUGGCACCACUUGGUGUAGCCUUUGGCAGAUGGCAAGGUCUAAAUGAGAAAGUCAAAGAUUAUGAAAUAGUUUGGCCUCCAAUGGUUGUCAUUGUGAACACAAGAUAUGAGCAGGAGGAAAAUGGCAAGUGGAUUGGCAUGGGAAACCAAGAGCUUCUGGAUCACUUCAAAUCAUAUGCUGCACUGAAGGCUCGACAUUCAUAUGGUCCACAAGGGCAUAGAGGGAUGAGUAUGUUGAUUUUUGAUGACACAGCAGCAGGUUAUUUAGAGGCUGCUCGUCUGCACAAGCACUUCAAAGAGCAAGGAAGAGACAGGGAUGCCUGGAAUAGUAAUCGUGUUCCAUUCUGUUCAGGUGGGAAGCGCCAGCUCUAUGGGUACAUGGCUUUGAAAGAAGAUGUGGAUAUUUUCAACCUGCAUUCUCAAGGGAGGUCCAAGUUGAAAUAUGAGAUAAGGUCAUACCAAGAAAUGGUUGAGAGACGAAUAAAGCAAAUAAAUGAGAACAGCCAACAACUUGUCAAGUUUAAGGACAAGACUACUCAAGAACAAAAGCAUUCGAAAGUUCUAGCCGAGUCUGUAAGCAGAUUGAGCGAGGAGCUACGCAAGAAUAUAGAAAAGAGCCACAUUAUGAGGCAACAAACUAAAUUGUUGCUUGAAGAAAACAAGGGAGAGAUGGAUUCCCAAGAACAAUUUUUCAAGGAUCAAAUCAAAAUUAUCCAUGAGGCUAUAUAUGCAAAAGAAGAUAAUUUUGAGAAGUUACAACAGGAAAAGUGGGAGAAAGUUGAGCAGUCAAAUGCAAAUCUCUGUACCAUAAAGGAUACAAGCAGGAUGGAGGAGAUUGUUAGUUUCAUAAAAUUUCAGGAUAAAGAGAUGGAAGAAUUUGAAGCAGAUAUGAAGAAGGUGAUAAAAAGUCACGGAAACAAGAAGGUUUCAGUUAUGAAGAAAUAUUGGGAGGAGCUGCUUGAGUUGGAAAAGGAUUUGGAAAAUGAUUUAGAUCAACUCAUGGGAAAGUACAACAAAGAUCACCCUGAGAUGAAAAAGAGCAACAACUAGCCAUCAAUUUUAAGCUGAGAGAUUGAGAGAACAGAGAAGAUACUGGAUAAGAAUCUGUACAUGCAUACAAUGAUAAACAGCAUGACAACAGAGGGAAUUUAUUUUCUUUUAAAAGAAAAAAGAGGCAAAUAAAGAGUUGAGACUCCUAAAAGUGAUUGCUCAUCAGUUUUCAUGUUUUUGUUUCUGUACUUUCUGUAAUGGUAACUCCAUCCCAUAUUUCUUAUUGCAAAAAUUUCAUCUUUUAUAUAUCUAUUUUUUUUUCAAUCCAA